UCGUUAAAAAGGUUUUCUUAGUGCCCACAAAGCGGAGAGUUAAAAAAAAAACUAUGUGCAUUUUGGGAUCAUCAAUACCCUUUAUCAGUACGGCUCCCACCCUCUGUUAAAAUUUAAUAAGGGUUAAAGUAAAGUUAAAACAACUUUACUUAUUAAAUUUAUCAUCCAAAAUAUAUUUAAUAUUUUAAUUUGUUCUCUAGUUUACUUUCUGUACUUUGGGAUUUAGGCAUUUAUGUUCUAUUACUUAAUAUGUGUAAUGUUUUCUGUUUCAAUGUUCACUUUGGUUUAAUAAAAAAAUCUAUUAGUCAACUUUCAAACUAAAUAAUAAGAGUUAUUUAUAAUAAAACAUUUUUUUGAGUCGGCUACUUGAAUUUUGCUACAAAAGCUAGAAAUAUCUGGCAACACUGGUUUCCAGUCACGUGUAAACCACGUGUCUGCAUGCUCUGUGCUACAGUGGCCUGUUCAUCCAUUCAUUCGACUUAUCUUGAAUUUGUUUAGUCAAACGUUAAUGGACGAACGACCGCAAGUAAUUUCUGAUUCAGAAGGCGAUAGUGAUAAUCAAUGGGUUUUUAUUGACGAAGAAAGUGACCAAUCAAUUGGCAUUGAAAUGGGAGCAGAGGAAACUUUUUCGGAGGGAAUGCAGAAGAUGCAGGUGACUGCAGAGGAUAUUUCUGUUGAAACUACAAUAAUAGAAGAAUCAAUUCCAAUUUUAGAAGGCCCAAACAUAGAAAGAAUGGAAGAAGAAACAAAUGAUUUCAAAGAUUUGGAAGAAGGAAAAAAGGAAGAAACAGGUGAUCUCAAAGAAUUGGAAGAAGGAAAGAAAGAAGAAACAGGCAAUCUCAAAGAAUUGGAAGAAGGAAAGAAAGAAGAAACAGGUGAUCUCAAAGAAUUGGAAGAAGGAAAGAAAGAAAAAACAGGUGAUCUCAAGGAAUUGGAAGAAGGAAAGAAAGAAGAAACAGGUGAUCUCAAAGAAUUGGAAGAAGGAAAGAAAGAAGAAACAGGUGAUCUCAAAGAAUUGGAAGAAGGAAAGAAAGAAGAAACAGGUGAUCUCAAAGAAUUGGAAGAAGGAAAGAAAGAAGAAACAGGUGAUCUCAAAGAAUUGGAAGAAGGAAAGAAAAAAGAAACAGGUGAUCUCAAAGCAAUAAACGAAGUAAAACAAAAAGUAAUAGAUUAUCUCAAAGAAUUGGAAGAAGUAAGACAAAAAGAAACAGAUUAUCUCAAAGAAUUGGAAGCCAAUCUUUACCUGAGUCCAGUUGGAAAAUGUUAUGUUUGUGAAGAAAGAGCUAAAAUAUACUUCAGCAUAUACUUAUGUUACGAUUGCAAAAAAAAAUUUGAAGAACUGGUUAGAACGGGGCCUACAGUCUUCUGUGAGGUUGGAUGUCCUAAAAAUUGCUCUUCCUGUCUUCUUUCUAUUGUUUUCCAAUACUUGAGACUGGAAGAUAUUCCCACUUAUAGAGAAAUCAAUUUCUCUUCAGAGAUUUUGAAAUCGUAUGUAAAUAAAGGAAGUAAACACAUGUCUUCGGAUCCGCUAAAAGGUGUCGACGCGUGCUUUGCCGAAUACCUGGAUGGGUGUUGGGAUCGAUAUGUUCAAUGGAUCUGGGAGCAGAAAGACAUCUUUCUAUUAAGUAUUGACGAAGUGAUUAAUCUUCUAAAAGCAAAUGGCAACGGAGGAAAGUACCUAAUAGCAAUAACCGAUCAGGUAGGCAAAGGGCCAGCCUUCAGAGUGGACGGGGGAUACAUCAAUCCGGAUGACAUCAAAUCCUACAAGCACAGAUGCUUGCUCUUUACUAUCCUGAAUGCAGCCAGACAGAUGUCCUAUUUACCAAUUUCAUCAUACCAAUUGUAUCUCCUGAAGGUGUUAUACCUCUUUGAGUUGCGUAAGUGCCCAGUCCUCAUUAUUUUCCCUUUGAUCAAAUAUAUUUUGACCUUGUCCUUUAUUUAUAGGCAAGACUGA